UUAAAAGGCAUGCAUCAUAAUAAGUCUCUUGUUCUAUUAAUACUUCAAAAAAUGAAGCUUUUAUCAAUGUCAUGUCUUCUUUUGUGCCUUUGGUUGUUUGUAGUAAUGGCCACAUCACCUCAUCCGUACCAUAUUCAAGGCAGCGAGGCAGAUGCUCUCUUGAAGUGGAAAGCAAGCCUUGACAACAAUAGCCAGCCUUUGCUUUCAUCAUGGAUUGGUGAUAACCCUUGUGAUUGGGAGGGAGUUGAAUGCGACCAUGAGUCAAAAUUCAUCAAUAAGGUAAAUCUCACCGAUAUUGGACUAAAAGGUACGCUUCAGAGUCUCAAUUUCUCGUCACUUUCAAAACUAAAUACUUUAGUUUUGAAAAACAACCUGUUGUAUGGUGUUGUUCCACAUCAUAUUGGAGUAAUGUCCAAUCUAGACACUCUUGAUUUUUCACAAAACAAUUUCUAUGGUAGUAUUCCAAUAAGCAUUGGUAAUCUCUCCCAACUCUCCUUCCUUGAUUUCAGUUUCAAUAAUCUCUCUGGGACUAUUCCAACUGAGAUAACCCAAUUGGUGGGUCUUUAUACACUGUCAAUGAGCAACAAUUCUUUUCUAAGUGGUUAUAUUCCUCAAGAAAUCGGUAGAUUGAGGAAUUUGACACUGUUUGAUAUUUCUUUGUGCAAUCUAGUUGGGACUAUACCAAUCUCGAUAGAAAAGAUAACCAACAUGUCACAUCUUGACAUAGCACGAAACAGCCUUUCUGGAAACAUUCCUCGUGGGAUUUGGAAAAUGAACUUAAAGCAUUUGUCACUUAAAUUCAAUAACUUCAAUGGUUCCAUCUCACAAAAUAUUUUCAAAUCACGAAACCUAGAGUUUCUUCAUCUUCAAGAAAGUGGCCUUUAUGGUUUCAUGCCUAAGGAGUUUGGGAUGUUGGGUAACUUGAUAGAUCUUGAUAUUAGUAACUGCAAUCUUACUGGGUCUAUUUCUAUCUCUAUAGGAAAAUUGACCAAUAUAUCAUAUCUCUUGUUCCAUGACAACCAACUUUUUGGCCAAAUUCCUCAUGAAAUUGGAAAUUUGGUCAAACUCAAGAGUCUACAUAUUGAAGCUAAUAGUCUUUCUGGGUCUAUUCCUCAAGAAAUAGGAUUUUUAAAACAGCUUCAUCUUCUUGAUUUGUCUAUGAAUCAUCUCUCUGGGACAAUCCCUUCAUCAAUUGGAAACUUGAGCAAUUUAAAAUUUCUUUACCUUUAUGCAAACCAAAUCAAUGGAAGCAUUCCUAGUGAAAUUGGAAACCUCAAUUCCCUCACCACAAUUCAGUGUGGUAUGAACAACCUCUCUGGACCAAUCCCAUCUUCCAUUGGUAAAUUGGUCAAUUUAGAUUUUAUUGGACUUCCACAAAAUAAACUCUCUGGACCAAUUCCUUCCACCAUCGGAAAUUUAACAAAACUCACUCAUUUUAUUCUUUUUUCCAAUUCUAUCUCCGGAGUUAUUCCAUUGGAAAUGAACAGGGUUACUGAUUUGGUCAUGUUUGUGAUAGCUUAUAAUAAUUUCAUAGGUCAUUUACCUCACAACAUUUGUGUUGGUGGAGAGUUGAGACAUUUUGCUGUUUGUAAUAACCAGUUUACAGGUCCAAUUCCCAAUAGUUUAAAGAAUUGUUCCAGCCUUUAUAGAGUUAGGCUUGAGCAAAACAGUUUAACUGACAAUAUAACAAAUGGGUUUGGUGUGUAUCCAAGUUUGGAUUACAUUGAGUUGAGUGAUAAUAAUUUUUAUGGCCACCUAUCACCAAAUUGGGGAAAGUGCAAGAAUCUCACAAGUCUUAAAAUCUCUAAUAACAAUUUAACAGGAAGCAUACCACCAGAAUUGGCCGAGGCAACUAAUUUACAAGAACUUAACUUGUCUUCAAACCAUCUUACCGGAAAAAUUCCAAAGGAGUUAGAAAACCUAUCUUUGUUGAUCCAACUUUCGAUAAGUAACAAUCAUCUUUCGGGAGAAGUUCCUGCACAAAUAGCAUCACUGCUUCAACUAAAUACUUUGGAACUUGCAGUAAAUAACUUAAGUGGCUCCAUACCAGAAAAGUUUGGAAGGUUGCCUAGCUUAUUGGAGUUGAAUUUGAGCCAAAAUAAGUUUGAAGGAAACAUUCCUGCUGAGUUUGGCCAGUUGAAAGUUAUUGAAAGUCUUGAUCUUAGCGGGAAUUUUUUAAAUGGAACAAUACCAGCAAUGCUUGGACAGUUAAGUCAUUUAGAAACAUUGAAUCUGUCACAUAAUAACCUUUCUGGUGUCAUUCCUUUUAGUUCUGGUGAUAUGUUAGCCUUGACAAUUGUUGAUGUAUCAUACAACCAAUUGGAAGGUCCGAUUCCAAGCAUUCCAGCCUUCCAAAAUGCUUCGAUUGAAUCUCUGCGAAAUAACAAAGGCUUUUGUGGUAAUAUCUCUGGUCUAAAACCUUGCUCGAGAGAAGAUGGUAACUUUCAUAGACAUAAGAAAAACAAAAUUUUGGUGCUAGUCUUAAUCCUAACUCUAGGCACUCUAUUGUUAGCAUUAUUUGUUUAUGGACUCUCAUAUCAUCUGUGUCGAAUUUCAAGAACAAAAGAACUCAAUGCUCAUGAAGAAUCAGUCGCUGAAAAUCUAUUCACAAUAUGGAGUUUUGAUGGGAAAAUGGUGUAUGAGAAUAUUAUCGAAGCCACAGAAAACUUUGACAACAAGCAUCUCAUUGGAGUUGGAGGACAUGGAAAUGUUUACAAAGCAGAGUUACCUACUGGUCAAGUUGUAGCUGUGAAAAAAAUCCAUUCAUUACAAAAUGAAGAAAUGCCUGACCUAAAAGCUUUUGCGAGUGAGAUCCGUGCUUUGACAGAAAUUCGACAUCGCAACAUUGUCAAGUUAUAUGGGUUUUGUUCGCAUUCACUACACUCAUUUUUGGUUUAUGAGUUCUUGGAGAAAGGUAGCGUGGACAACAUUUUGAAGGACAAUGAAAAAGCUGGUGAAUUUGAUUGGACUCUAAGAGUGAAUGUCAUUAGAGAUGUUGCAAAUGCUUUAUGCUAUAUGCAUUAUGAUUGUUCACCUCCUAUUGUUCAUCGCGAUAUCUCCAACAAGAAUGUUAUUUUGGAUUUGGAAUAUGUAGCUCAUGUAUCAGACUUCGGAACUGCCAAGUUUCUAAAUCCGGAUUCAUCCAACUGGACCUCUUUUGCCGGCACCUUUGGAUAUGCAGCUCCAGAACUUGCAUACACAAUGGAAGUAAAUGAAAAAUGUGAUGUGUAUAGUUUUGGAAUAUUAACUUUGGAAAUACUUUUUGGAAAGCACCCUGGAGAUACUGUAACAUGUUUGUGGCAACAACCUUCAGAUAGUGUUAUGGACCUGACACUUGAUACUCUGCCAUGGAUGGAGAAGUUGGACCUGCGUCUUCCGUAUCCAAGAAAUAGUGUUCAAGAGGAAGUGAUUUUGAUGAUAAAGAUAGCAAUAGCUUGCUUGACAGAAAGCCCAAGAUCUCGCCCUACCAUGGAGCAGGUCUGCAAGAAGCUUAUAAUGUCAUAAUCAUCUUCAAAUGGUUAACUUCAUGUAUACUGUUUGAUAUAUAUAGCAUAAUAUUGUUCUUACCAAAUAUGCUUGGAUACCUCUUCUUCAUUAUUUAACAAUUGUAAGACUUUUAUUUUCAUGUAUUUGUAAAUCAUUUAAUUUUGUAGCUUCUGAACUUAUGUAUUCAAAUUUCAUUUCUAAACAAUAUGUGCUUACAAAUUUA